CAACAUCAGAUAAAAUCAAGAUCAUAUUUGCAUACUUGCAAAUUACGUUAUGUAACUGGAAUUUCGACGAAAAAACUUUAUAGCCAGACACGUUAGGGUAGCAGAUUCAAAGCAAGAUAAAGUUCGACCGACAGAAAGUCCCUACAUCGUUUUUAUAAACAGCUGAUUGGACUAAAAGAUUUUCGAUCAUCCAAUGGUUUUAUUACAAUUUGUCGAUCGCCGAAUACGACAACAGCCCUUUGAUGUAUGUGAGUGUGGAGGGUUGUUACUCAGUGUUAUGUAGAACCGCAAGAUCUAUUUUAUGUUUCAUACUGAUAUACGAACUUGUCAGUAUAUCUUGUGAGGAGACAACAUUAGCUAAUUUUCAGUCUAAGAGUUUAAGAGAGCCUUUUGUGUCGAGCGUUGCUGAGAACUCUGAGGAAACUUGCAAUUCUGAUACUGAUACCUGUGACAGUAUGAGCAGGCUGAUUUCAGUAGAUUUUGAAGUGUUUGGCAGAGUCCAAGGUGUAUUCUUCCGUAAGUACACUAUGAAGACUGCCACACAGUAUGGUCUGGUGGGCUGGGUGAUGAACACUCCACAAAACACUGUGAAGGGCCAGGUUCAGGGCAAAGAGAGCAAAGUGAAAGAAAUGAAACACUGGUUGCGAUACACGGGCAGUCCUUCAAGCAUGAUUGACAAAUGCCAGUUCAGUAAUGAAAAGACAGUAAUGGAUUUAGAUUUCCAGGAGUUUUCUGUUCGUUACUCUUACUUGUAUUAAUCCAGGAAUGAGUUUCCCUUAUCCCAUCCAUUCCUGAUAAACCGCUGAUUCAGCAGUUGUGACAUGAAUUUAGAAAAACUUUGACCUUCUCUCUUUGUUCAUGCUUGUCAUCAAAUAUUUUGAUACAUCACUCGUCCUGAACCAAGAAUUAUAAAAUCAAAGAUUUUCUGUUCUUAUUACAGUUGAUUGAAUUUUUUUUUUUAUGGUAGUUUUUAUGGCAUAUUCAUAUCAAGUUAGCUGGGAAGUUUCCUUUUAAGUAUUGUUGAUUUUUAGGAACUUAAAUUAUAACAACUUAUGAUUGUUAUUUUUGAUUUGUUUAUUAAAUAUUUGUUUUACAUGACUUCAAUCGUGUCUGUACUCAUUGGCAAUGAGAGCAUCAGGGAAAUUUAAGGGAUUUGAUUUAAUAGAUAUAAUUUACACAAAAAGGUUGGUCUUCUAUGAAUAUCACCAACUGUAUAAAAGCCAUUUCCCACUCUAUGGAAGUUUACUGUAGUACUCAUUUGCUGAAAUGGUUAAAAAAAUAUACUCUAGUCAGCAGAGAGUUUUAAGUAGUAUUUUGUUAUAAAUUCAGGAAGAUGGUACUGGGCCCAAACUCCAUUUCAUUACAAAUGCCCAAAUAAAUAAAGACAAUUGUCAAAAUGCACUGUCAUAUGAUGGCCAAACAAUCUGGAGUACUAACUACAGGUGGCAGCCAAUUUCUGGAGCAUUUUACAAGAAUCCAAUUUUUUUUUUUGCUUUGGAGAGAAGACAUCGUUAUUUAGAAUGAUACA